AUGCAAGAACCCGAGUUCAGCGUCACAAAUGCCUUUCUUGCCCAAUUCACCUUCGACACAGCCACUGACCAGAAUCUCCACUACAACCUUACUCUUGACAUCACAAUAAGAAACCCUAACAAAAGGGUAGGCAUAGAGUACCGUGACAUCCAAGCCACUGCAAUGUGUGGAUAUCAGACGUUUGCUCUCUUGAGUUUGGGUGGUGGGAUAUUAGCACCAUUUUAUCAAGGCCACGAAAACACCACCGUUUUGCAUAAUCUGUUGGUUCAAGGUAAGCAGUUUGAAGAAGCUAAGAUUUGCAAGUGUAAAUCCGAGACCGUUGCUGGUGUCUAUAGUAUUGACUUGCAGCUUGCUCUUCGGGUGAAGGCUAGAUACGGCAUGUCAAUCAAGGGCAGAAGUAAUAAGGUUGGCAUCCUUUGCAAUUUGUUGGUUCCUUUGACUACUUUUGGAACAUCCAUUGAUGGCAAUGGCGGCGAGUACUGUUUCAACACUACAAAGUGCUUCAAUACUAAAAAUUUCUUUCUGGAAAAUAGUUAA